AUGCUUCGUCAACCAGGGACACAGAUCAAACUGACUAACGUCUCCAUAGUGCGGAUGAAGAAAGGUGGCAAGCGAUUCGAAAUUGCUUGCUAUAAGAAUAAAGUCAACGAGUUUCGGUCCGGCAUAGAACAUGACCUCAGCGAGGUGUUGCAAAUCGAGCAGGUCUUCUCAAACGUUCCUAAAGGGCUCGUGGCAAAGAAGGAAGAUUGGGAGAAGGCGUUUGGGACAGCGGAUUUGACGAAGGUCAUUGCUGAGAUCCUUCAAAAAGGCGAACUACAAGUGAACAACCUCGAACGUUCUCAUCAAUUAUCAUCACUCAAUAGAGAGAUAGCUACCCUCGUAUCGGAGAUGACAAUUGAUCCCACUACUUCCCGGAAACAUACCGUUUCCAUCAUCGAAAAAGCAAUGUCGGAUCUUGGAUUUUCAGUCAAACAGGAUAAACCCGCCAAAGCACAAGCUCUGGAUCUGAUCAAACGUUUACAGACCGAUGGCAUUCUUCCUAUACGAAGAGUGAGGAUGAGGGUAAGGGUCGUUCUUCCCGGCAAGGGAGGAGCCAAAGACAAGAUCAAAGAGAUGGUGGAGGAGGUCGAAGAGGAAGAACAAGGGCAAGAAUGGGAAGCAAUCGUGCAGAUAGAACCCGGCGCCUUCCGGAAAUUGACAGAUUUGGUGAUUAACGAGACCAAGGGCAAGGGAAGGGUUGAGAGUAUGGGUGGAGUAGAGGCAUGA